AUGGAGUUCUGGAACUCCACCUUGCGGAUUGAGUUCAUCUUGGUGGGGAUUCUGAAUGACAGCCAGUCCCCUGAACUGCUCUGUGCCACAGUCGCAGUCCUGUACAUGUUGGCCCUGACCAGCAAUGGCCUGAUGCUCCUGGUCAUCACGAUGGAUGUCCAGCUCCACGUGCCCAUGUACCACCUGCUCGGGCAGCUCUCUCUCAUGGACCUCCUGUUCACAUCUGUUGUCACUCCCAAGGCCCUUGUGGAUUUUCUGCGCAGAGAAAACACCAUCUCCUUUGGAGGCUGUGCCCUUCAGAUGUUCCUGGCACUGACACUGGGUGGUACAGAGGACCUCCUACUGGCCUUCAUGGCCUAUGACAGGUAUGUGGCCAUUUGUCAUCCUUUGAACUACACAGUCCUCAUGAGGCCGAGGGUCUGCUGGAUCAUGGUGGCCACAUCCUGGAUCCUGGCAUCCCUGAAUGCUCUAGGACAUACCAUGUACACCAUGCACUUUUCUUUCUGCAUGUCCUGGGAAAUCAGGCACCUACUCUGUGAGAUUCCACCUUUGCUGAAGUUGGCCUGUGAUGAUACAUCCAGGUAUGAGCUCAUGGUAUAUGCAACAGGUGUGACUUUCCUCUUACUCCCCCUUUCUGCCAUUGUUGCCUCCUACACACUAAUCUUAUACACUGUGCUCCACAUGCCCUCAAAUGAAGGGAGGAAGAAAGCCCUGGUCACCUGCUCUUCCCACCUGACUGUGGUCGGAAUGUUCUAUGGAGCUGCCACCUUCAUGUAUGUCUUGCCCAGUUCCCUGCACAGCCCCAGACAAGACAACAUCAUCUCUGUUUUCUACACAAUUGUCACUCCAGCCCUGAACCCCCUCAUCUACAGCCUGAGGAAUAAGGAGGUCAUGGGGGCCUUGAGGAGGGUCCUGGGAAAGUGGUGCUGCUGA